CUGUGUCCCUCACUAGCUGUCCUGAAACGGUUGUACCCAUGAAUGGCUUCAAAGUGGGUGAGAGAUUACAGAUGAACAGUGUGAUGUCCUUCCAGUGUGACCCUGGAUAUACUCUGCAGGGAGUCUCCCAUAUCUCUUGCAUGCCAGGGCCUGUGCGCCGCUGGAACUAUCCGCCUCCUCUCUGCAUCGCUCAGUGUGGGGGAAUCAGAGAGGAGAUGGAAGGCACCAUCCUCAGCCCUGGUUUCCCAGGAAACUACCCUAGCAACGGUGACUGCACCUGGAGGAUUUACUUGCCAGUCGGUUACGGGGCUCAUGUGCAGUUCUUGAACUUUUCCACUGAGGCCAACCACGAUUUCCUGGAAAUUAGGAAUGGGCCUUUUGACACCAGCACAGUGAUUGGCAGAUUCAGUGGGCAGGACUUACCACCAUCUCUUCUAACCACUUCCCAUGAGACUACUAUAUAUUUUCAUAGCGACCACUCUCAGAAUAAACCUGGCUUCAGAUUUGAUUAUCAGGCAUAUGAACUUCAAGAGUGUCCUGAUCCUGAACCCUUUCACAAUGGUGUGGUGGUUGGGGCUGGUUAUAAUGUGGGUCAGUCCAUCUCCUUUGAGUGCUAUCCAGGAUAUCAGCUGAUGGGACACUCCAUUCUUACCUGUCAACAUGGCACUACGCGCAACUGGGAUCAUCCGUUUCCUCGCUGUGAAGUGCCCUGCGGAGGUAACAUUACAUCAGACAAUGGCACUAUCUUCUCCCCCGGUUACCCAGAGGAUUACCCCACUUCUGCGGACUGCAGCUGGCUGAUUACGGUGGCACACGGCCUGGGUAUCCGUCUUAAUUUUACCCUCCUGCAAGUCCAUGGCCCCCAAGAUUUCAUCACAGUCUGGGACGGACCGCAGGAAACAGCUCGCAAACUUGGAGUGUUUACCGAGGGAGACCCCAACAACCCACCAAGCAGCACAUCUAAUCACGUUCUAAUACGUUUCCGAAGCAAUUCUGAGAAAGGUGGACUGUUCAAGAUCAACUAUCAAGCCUAUAGACUUCAGUUUUGUUUGCCACCUCCCAUAAUUCCCAAUGCCGAAAUUCUGAUGGCCAGUAAAGAAUUUAAAAUAGGUGAUAUUGUGCGGUACAGAUGUCUCCCAGGAUAUCAUCUGAAUGGGAACAGCAUUCAGACUUGUCGUCUGGGGACUCAUCUUGAGUUUGAAGGACCUCCACCUUCAUGUGAUAUUACCUGUCCUAUGAAUGAGGUAUUGACAGCCUCCACGGGAAUAAUCCUGAGUCAGUCACCGGGCAGCAGCCUGCCGCACUUUGAGUCCUGCUCCUGGGUGGUGAAGGUGGAUUCAGGUUACAACAUCACUUUCACCAUUGAACACUUCCAGACCAGCAGACAGUUUGAUGAGCUAGAGAUCUUUGAUGGUCCAUCAAGACAGAGUCCACUGCUCAUUUCUCUGAGUGGGAACUAUUCAUCUCCCUUUAGUAUUACUAGCAUUGCAAACAAGGUUUACCUGCACUGGUCUUUCGAUCACACCUCUAGCCACAAGGGCUUUCGAAUCCGCUACUCCGCGGCAUACUGCAGUACCCCAGACCCUCCUGUGAAUGGCUCGGUGCAUAGCCAGACGGGCACAAAACUUGGCAGUACCUUGCGCUUCAGUUGCGACCGGGGCUUCAACCUGAUUGGCCAGACCACCGCCACCUGCACCCGCACCCCACAGGGCAUCUACCAAUGGAACGCUCCAGUGCCGCUUUGCCAAGUUGUUUCCUGUGGGAUGCCUAUUGCGCCAGUGAAUGGCACUGUCAUCGGGCAGGACUUCACUCUCAGCUCUAGAGUCUCAUUUUCUUGUAAUCCUGGUUUCCGAUUGGCCAAUGCUCAGCCGGUGUCAACGCUUUGUCAAGAGUCUGGGAGGUGGAGCCCGAUGGAGACCCGCCCUCGCUGCGUCCCUGUGACCUGCCCUGACAUCGGCCACUCUGCAGUGGAUCAUGGGAGGUGGAGGCUUAUUUAUGGCAUGCAGAAUAAAUAUGAGGCCAUGAUGAUGUUGACCUGUGACCCUGGAUAUUUCUACAAGGGUCAAAGGGUCAUCCGCUGCCAAGCUAACGGCACCUGGGAUUACCCUGAGCCGAGACCGUCCUGUGAAAUCAUUUCCUGUGGUGACUUUGGAACCCCUCCGAAUGGGAAUAAAAUAGGAACAUUAACCGUGUACGGAGCGACUGCCAUUUUUUCCUGUAACACGGGUUAUACUCUGGUGGGCUCCAGAGUGAGAGAGUGCAUGUCCAAUGGCCUGUGGAGUGGAGCUGAGGUCCAAUGUCUUGCUGGACACUGUGGCACACCAGAGCCUAUUGUGAAUGGCCAGAUCAUCGGAGAGAAUUACAACUACAGAGGCAGUGUCGUUUACCAGUGUAAUCCUGGAUUUCGACUCAUCGGCGUGUCUGUUCGCAUCUGUGAGCAGGACCACCGCUGGUCUGGAAAGACUCCCGUCUGUGUCCCCAUCACCUGUGGACAUCCAGGCACCCCUGCUAAUGGUGUGACUCAGGGAACGCAGUUUAACCUGAACGACAUAGUGCGUUUUGCCUGCAACCCUGGUUAUGUUCUGCAGGGUGCAAUCAAGUCUCACUGUCAGCCCAACGGCCAGUGGAGCAACGCUCUGCCCAAGUGUAAAAUUGUGAACUGCACUGACCCGGGACAUGUUGAAAAUGGUGUCAGACAGGUCCUGCCCAGCGGGCCUCAUCGUUACAGUUUCCAGACCACAGUUUCUUACAGCUGUAACCCUGGAUACUACCUGCUGGGCACCAGCACUCUGAGCUGUCAGGGCGAUGGCACAUGGGACCGUUCCCUACCCAGGUGCCUCUUGGUUCUGUGUGAUCGUCCCAGCAUGCCUCCGUAUGCACAGAUCUCGGGGGACAGGCGCACAGUGGGCUCCGUUAUCCGCUUCAGCUGCAUCGGCCAGCGCAGCAUUGUGGGCAAUACCACCCGCAUGUGCCAGCUGGAUGGCCAGUGGAGCGGCUCCCUGCCACAUUGCUCUGGGGAUUCUGCUGGUUUGUGUGGAGACCCUGGCAUUCCAGUGCACGGGAUCCGUCUGGGAGAGGAGUUCACCGUAGGGAGCAUCGUACGAUUCAGCUGCGAGCCUGGCUACGUUCUGAAGGGCUCCUCUGAACGAACCUGCCUGGCUAACGGGAGCUGGGUGGGCAUCCAGCCUGAAUGCCACGUCAUUAACUGUGGAGAUCCUGGAGUGCCAGCUAAUGGUAUCAGACUGGGUAUUGACUUCACGUACAGCCACACUGUGAGCUUCCAAUGUUCACCAGGUUUCACUAUGGAUGCCGAUCGUGCCUCCAUGCUCAUCUGCACCAAGGAUCGCACAUGGAAUGGCACCAAGCCAGUUUGCAAAGCCAUUGUGUGUGGAGCACCUCCCAGCAUCCCGAAUGGUCAGGUGGUGGGGUCUGACUUCCAGUGGGGGUCCAGCAUUAGUUAUAGCUGUAAUCAGGGCUACCAGCUUUCCCUUCCCACUAUCCUCACCUGCCAGGGCACAGGAAACUGGAGUGGCGAACGGCCGCAGUGUUUUCCUGUAUUUUGUGGAGAUCCAGGGAUACCAGCCCAGGGCAAGCGAGAAGACAGAGGAUUCACAUACCUGUCCUCUGUUUCAUUCUCAUGUUACCCGCCUUUGAUCCUGGUUGGCUCUGCUCGCCGUUACUGCCAAUACGAUGGAACCUGGAGUGGAACCCAGCCAUCUUGCAUAGAUCCCAGUCACACCAGCUGUGUAGAUCCUGGCACUCCUCUCUUUGGCCACCAGAACAACUCUCAAGGCUACCAGGUGUGUGAUCGCUCUGAUAACAGACCAAGCGGAAAAACUGUAGGAACAGUGCAAGAGCCGCCCAACACAAAGCAACCCGAAGAAGCCCAGUUGUUGCUGCAGGUGUAUCAGAUUCGAGGCCCUGUGGAGAUCUUCGUUAACAAGUUCAAAAUUGACAACUGGGCCUUGGAUGGACAUGUGUCAUACAUGCCUUCUUCUGAUUCAUUUGUGUACCAAGGCUUUGUUCGAGGAAAAGGCUUCGGCCAGUUUGGACUUCAGAGGCUGGAGGGCCUUGAUCCAAAUGGCGAGAAUCCAGGCUAUAACUUUGCCUCCAAUAGCAGUUCGGUGGCAGCAGCCAUUUUAGUGCCUUUUAUUGCCAUGAUCAUAGCAGGCUUCGCACUGUAUCUCUACAAACACAGAAAAAGGCCCAAAGUACCCUUCAAUGGUUACGCAGGCCAUGAGAACACCAACGGAAGAGCCACUUUCGAGAACCCUAUGUAUGACCGUAACAUCCAGCCCACUGAUAUCAUGGCCAGUGAGACCGAGUUCACAGUCAGCACAGUGUGCACAGCAGUAUAGCGACCGCUCUAGUCAAAGGCUGCAUAUAAUCUUACCCUCUCCACACAACUGUUCCCAUAGUAAGAAUGGGCCACAUGGAUGGACUAAAGAGGAGGAUGUUUUUUUUUGUUUUUCAUUUGUAAACAAGUUCCAAUUGUGGCAAAGUGAUAAACCUUGACAACGAUGCUGUCAAAGCGCAUCAACAGAGAUGCACUGAUAAAGAACCACGUCAGUGUUUGCUAGCUAAAGCUCUGUUCCUACACUCUUCUGCUGUCUCCUCUUUUUUCCUUCCGAUGGAACAUCCUAUUUGACUGUGGCAGCGCAAAGGGACACAUGUGAAGCUCACAGCCGUCGCUUGCCAAAAAAAAGACAAGAGAUACAUUGUUCGGUCAAAUGAAGGCCGAAUUCUCACUCUUGAGUUGGAGGAAGUCUUCAUGUGAGCAGGAAGUCACAAGAAGCAUGUUGCUGGAGAGUUGAAGCUUUGUUUUACUUUUGUAUCUUGAGUUCUGUCCAUGGAGUGCGUUUUGGCUUGUUUUAUCCCGUUUCCACCUUGAACUAAAAUCACAAGUGCAGACUUCACUGAGGACACACUCUCUGACACCUUCCCCAUCAGUU